AGUGCCCGUUCAACUUGGGAAGUGAUAGGUGUGAGUAACUCGUCUGAGAGAUGGAUUCAGAGCAGAAUGGCGUUCGACAAAGAAAUACACAGGCGGAAGAUAAAUUGCAAAAGUUAAUUGACAGAUGUAAAAACGAAGAUGCUGAUGACGAGUCAGAAAAUGACUCGAAGAAAGCUCGUCUUCGGCGCACGAAUUCAGUGUGCGGCCCCGAAGUAAUCAGCGCCGAGGACUCCAAAAAGAGGAGAUACCAGCCUGAUAAGCCCAUCCACAAGCCGCGCGACUCGCUGCUGUCGUGGUCAUCAGGGUUCGACCGGUACGAAGGCAUCGUCAACUGGGGCUUCCUUAUCCUCGCCAUCGGCGGCUGCCGCCUCAUGCUAGAGAAUGUCCUCAAGUACGGUGUGCGAGUUAACCCUCUUGACUGGCUGCGGUGGGUGCAAGAGGAACAUCAACGAGAGAACUACUACAACACACCCCUCUGGCUGCUAGGCUCUAACCUACACUACCUGUACGCGUAUAAAGUGGAGAAGUUCCUCGCCAAGGACGUCUUGCCGAGCUGGUUAGGCUGGUACCUACACGCCUUCCAGCUGCUUGUCAUAGUCCUCACUCCUAUGGUUGUCUUCAACGCAUUCCCGAAUGCUUUCAGUCUACUUGGUCGAAUGGUGAUCUGCACGGUGCACACCAUCAUGCUGCUGAAGCUGUGGUCGUACGUGCAAGUCAACCACUGGUGCAGAGACGACAGGAACGACAAGCGUAAGAACCUGCGCGGCAGGAGCCAUUCCUUCAGGAACCUCGGCGCCGAGAAGGUUAUGGCUGACGCAGACGAGUACCUGACAAGCGGCGCGUCAUCAGAGCGGCUGGUGCGGUACCCCGACAACCUCACGCUGAGGGACCUCUACUACUUCUUGCUCGCGCCCACCCUCUGCUACGAGCUUAACUUCCCUCGCACCUCGCGCAUCAGGAAGUGGUUCCUGUUCCGGCGCGCCCUGGAGGUGCUGGUGCUGAGUAACCUGGUGAUGGCGCUCUUCCAGCAGUGGAUGAUCCCAAGCGUGAAGAACUCCUUCAAACCCUUCUCGGACAUGGACUUCAUUAGAACGUGGGAGAGGCUUUUGAAGUUGUCGAUCCCCAACCACUUGCUAUGGCUGACGUGCUUCUACAUCGUCUUCCACUCGUUCCUGAAUACGACGGGCGAAAUUUUGCGUUUCGCCGACCGCCACUUUUACGACGACUGGUGGAACGCUGAAGACGUCGGAACCUUCUGGCGGCUCUGGAAUCUACCCGUGCAUAAGUGGGCCGUCAGGCACCUGUUUGUGCCGGUGAUGAAGUACUCGCACAACAAGUUCUUCGCCUCGCUCUUAGUGUUCCUGUUCUCUGCGCUGCUGCAUGAAUACCUCGUGUCUGUACCCCUGCAAAUGUACAAGAUUCAUGUCUUCAUCGGUAUGGUCUUGCAGGUGCCGCUGAUCACCGUAUCUCAAACGGUGGCCCGCACGCUAGGUUGCCGCUGGGGCAACAUCAUCGUCUGGUCCUCUCUUAUCCUGGGACAGCCUCUCGGUAUCCUUGUUUACUUCCACGACUACGCAGUUAAAAACUUCGACAUCGCCUCCCUCAACUCCUAGGAUGACGGAUAUUAUUGAACUGUUUGCUGCCAUCGACAAUUGUCUCCCUAAAUUAUAUUUAAAUACUUUGUCAACGACUCUCGCAGCACCUAGGGGUAAAAGAACCUAUAAAGGUGGGCUGCUUCGCUUGACGACUGCCCUCCUAAAUUCUAAUGAAGCCUUCUAUCUAGAAAGUUUUCUCUAUCGUAUUUAAUGGAAUUGUUCCUUUUUUCCCCUUGACUAAAAAUCUUAAAUUAAAAUCUAAUUGACGAGCUUCCGCCUUCAGAACGAGUUUCACAUCGACUUCAAAUCGUCUGUGACGGUAUGAAUGAUGCACUCUUUACUUACUAUUGCCGUAUUUACUGUAUCUUUCUAAAUUUCUCUAGCUGAAGUUCGCAUCGUGGUCUUGGCUCAUUGUCUUCUACCUGUUGAGCUGAGAGCACCUCUGCUCUGUUUCUUAUUAGUCUUGAUGGCAAAACUGAACCUCGUCGUUGUCGCUUUGUUUGGCAAUACUAGCCUGAAAUUAUAUUUGUUUACAAAUAUUAUUUUCAUUGAUUCAAGGGUCAUAUUUUAAGAUCAACUGUGAUUGUAAAGUGCCUUGUAUUAGUCCUUAUUUGCCUCUUCUAAUUCUCAGAUCAAAUUACAUUACAUCAUAAUUUCUGUGAUUAAUCAUUUUGCUACACCUUUAACUGAAAUAACCUAUUGCCAAUCACACCACAGUUAAAUUUACAUGUAGGAAUAUUUAGAGAAUUUUGUAUAAUUAUCUAUGUAGAGUUAGUUAGAAACGUCCAAUGCAAACAUCGCUGUAGCUUCUGAUUGAUUGUCAUCGCAUUCUAGUCCUAAGUUCAGUUCUCCAUCUUAAAAGCUGUGAGAGGAGUGCCGUAAUUUUUGUUAUGUGUUGGCUGAACGAGGCGUCAAUAUAGGUACUAAUGAAAAUGAUAUUUUACUGGGAAUUCUUGAGACGGAUGUAUCAUUUUGUACAUGUAUAGUUGUUGUUAUCUAUGAUAUUCUAUGUUAAUAGGUAGUUAGUUAUGCGUUGUGCGUGUU